AUGGCAGAUGUGAAGUUACAUGGUUUCUGGCCUAGCCCUUUUAGUCAAAGAGUUAUAUGGGCUCUUAAACUAAAGGGUGUGGAGUAUGAGUAUAUAGAAGAAGACCUCUCUAAUAAGAGUGAACUGUUAUUGAAGUAUAACCCAGUUUACAAGAAGAUCCCUGUCCUUGUCCAUGGUGGCAAGCCAAUCGCGGAAUCUCUAGUUAUCCUUGAAUACAUUGAAGAAAUAUGGCCGGAGAAUCCAUUGCUCCCAAAAGAUCCUUAUGAGAGAACCAUGGCUCGGUUUUGGAUUCAAUAUGGAGUUACUAUGGUUGCUGUCUUUAGGGCAUUCAUCCGAGCUAGUGGAGAAGAGCUAGGCAAGGCAGCAAAAGAAUUGUUGGAAGUGCUGAAAGUCUUAGAAGAGCAAUGCCUUGGAGAUAAGAAGUUUUUCGGUGGGGACAGCAUAAAUCUAGUAGACAUCUCGUAUGGAGUAUUCUCUUAUUGGUUUGCAACCACUGAAGAAGCAAUAGGUGUAAAAGUGUUGGAACCAACCACAUUGCCUCGAUUGCAUACUUGGACUAAGAAUUUCCUUGAAGUUCCUCUGAUUAAAGAAAACAUUCCGGACAAUGAUAAGAUGUUAGCCUACGUGAGAGGUCUCAGGGAGAAAUUAGACAACAAGUAG